UACUCAAGGUUUAGGCUCUGAUGUGGACUGAGGCCUAGUAGGCCCAAACACUAGGAGGCAGACAUUAUGCUGAGAGAGCUAUGCAGGAACAGCAUGUACAGACCUUACUGCAAGCUGGGAGUGAUGAACAGAGAGCCUGGUUGCCGAACACUGGACCUAGGCAAUUACACACACAGUGGAAUUCCUGCUCAGGUGCUACCCAGCAAGUAAUCAAGACUGCAGAUUGUGUGUGAAACAGAUGCCUGUUUGCAGAAUAAGCAGAGGCAUCGGGAAGUGUGUGGCCGAGGACCUGGCCCGGAGGAAUGGGCGAGUGAUUCUGGCAUGUCGGAGCCGUGAGCGGGGUCAGAGAGCGCUGGAGGAGAUCCAGAAGAAGACUGGGAACAAGAAUGUCAUCCUGCGGAUCCUGGACACCAGCAGUCUGGCGUCAGUCCGAGCCUUCGCCCAGCAGAUCCUACAGGAGGAGAAGAGGCUGGACAUCCUGGUCAACAAUGCCGGCGCCUCAGGACUGCCGUACCGCAUGACGGAGGAGGGACUGGAGGUCUCAUUCGCCACCAACCACCUGGGGCCUUUCCUGCUGACUCAUCUGCUGCUGGACCUCCUGAAGCGCACAGCCCCCAGCCGGAUUGUGUUCCUCUCCUCCUUCAUGCAUAUGCUCGGCUGGAUAGACACCAGCAACCUGCGUGGAAAGAAUAUGGAGUGGAACAUGAUGAACAAUACGUAUGACUGCACCAAGCUGAUGAAUAUCAUCUGCGCCAAUGAGCUGGCCAAGAGACUGCACAAUACAGGAGUGACGGUGACCAGCGUAAACCCCGGCAUCGUGCAGACAGAAACCAUGCGCUACUACAACAUCAUCAUGAGAUCUUUCUUCAGAGUCAUUGGCUUCUUCUUCUUCAAGACCGCUGCUGAGGGGGCCGUCAGCACCAUUUACUGCGCAGUAUCGGAGGAGGCUGAGGGGCUUACCGGGAAGUACAUAGAAAGUGAAUGUUCCAUCGUAUUGCCCUCAGAGAAGGCACGGGAUUCAGCGGUUAACAAGAAACUGUGGGAGGCGUGUGAGUCGGCGACUAAUAUCAAUGCGGAACCUGGAAAAUGAUCAACUAUGUCGCUUGUGGACCAGAGACAAAUAUUAUAUUGUAUGUAGUGAAGAAUAAAGGAACUUCUAUGUG